CAGACGUUGGAGCAACUCAGAGUGGGCGUGAAAGAGGACCAGGAAGCAGGGAGGCGAGCGAGUGGAAGGGCGAUUGUGUGUGUGGCCAGUGAGGAAAAGAAUCAAGUGGGAGGACCAGAGGGAGACAACUGCGGUAGAAUGGAGGUGCAGUCCGAGUGUGUGGAGCCACCACUUGGUGACCUGCAGCCAACAGGGAAGAUCAACAAAGCUGCCUUCAAACUCUUUGGAAAACGUCGCACUGGCUCAGGAAUGGCUAGCUUCUUCUCUUUCAGGAACAAAGGGGCCUCAAACAGCGGGAAUUGUGACAAUGGGAAUUCUGUGAAUGGAAAUGGAUCAGCAUCAUCGGUGGAGCUGGUGAGAAGCAAAACCCAUGACGGACUAACAAGCUCAAACAACGAUACUGAUGGACAGAGAGGAGAAGGGAUCACUGGCUUGGAAGUGGGACCGGUGAGAUCACUGAGCAAAUCGUUCAGUUUCUUCUCCUUGCUCCGACGUGGGAGCUUCAGGUCAAGUGAAAACGGGGCUGUACUACAUCGCAGAGGGAGGGGCCUAAAGGGCUUUUUCAGCAGCAUGCGAUGGAGGCGUAAGGAAAAAACAAAUGAGGGAGAUGGAGAAGAGGCAGAAAGCAGGAAAGAGAUGGCGGGAGAUGUUGGAGUCUCUGAAAAGGUAAAGGAUGCUACUCUAACACUUGAACCUCUGCCACAUCAUCAUAAAGAAAAUUCAGAGAAAGACUCCGAUACCCAACCUGAGGAGACUCCUACUACUAGUGUUACCAUGACACCCACACACUGUGUUGCCAUGCCAGGGCCAUCUGGCGAGCCAGAUUCCCCCUUUACUUACACACCCACAGACUCACCACUGCAUCCUUCCGUCACAAAAGCCAAAGCCUCAAUUUCCAGCCUCACCCCGUCCCUUGCCACCCCCCCUUCCGAUCGUUGCAGCACAGGUGACCCACCCUCGGAACCCACAAUGGACCGCCUUUGCUCUCUUCUCUUUAAUGAUGUCACAUCUCUCAAGAGUUUUGAUUCCCUGACGGGAUGUGGUGACAUAAUCGCUGAUGCAGAUGAGGAGACAACAGUGGGAAAUGGGGGCAGCGGCACCAGCAGCAGUAGCAGUGGAGGAGGAGGGAAUGCUGGACUAAAUGUGGGAAAACCUGUUGGCCUCGCUUCCUCUAUAUCUCGAAGUUCCCCAUCCAAACUCCCUCACUUUACUCAGCCAACGUUCUCCACUCCCUCAAACUCUGCACCUGUCUCCCUCCCAGCCCGUGCAAGGAUACCCCCAUCGAUACAACAACCGCCUGCUGGUAGUGGUGUGGUUGCCUACAUGGGUGGUGGGGAGGAAAUGGCCAGCCCUGAAGGGGUGGAUGAUGCCGACAUGCAAGGUCUGUGGCAUAUGCUGCCUUCCACUGGCGAUGAUUCCCCUGCUUUACCAAGAACCAAUCAACCUUCUGCUACCACUACCACCUCUACUUUCCCCCCUCGCACAAUCUCCAAUAUUCCCAGCAGCCAUGUACCGUCAUCGUCAAGGAGUGUUGAUCGCAAGGUACCCCAAGUGAAAUCUUUGGGCCUCAGUAAGAUUCCAGUGGUUGGUGGGGCUGCAGCGCGAGGAGCAAAACCUCCGCUGCCUCACGCACACAGCCGUCAUCCUACUUCACCUGGUGACAAAGAGCUUCUCAGUGAUGAAGGUUACUGGGACACACCCUCAGCCACGCCCACGGCAACACCUGAUGAGAGUGGAUUACAGAAUAACCAGAACAUUGGACUAUCACGUGACAGUUGCUCUGGAGACCACCUGUACGAUCUUUACAAUGAUCCUGAAGGAGAUGAUCUGAACAGCACUCCUUCUCCAUCCACAGAAUAUAAACUCAGCCCCGGGGAACUAACGACACCUCCGUCCUCUUCUUCUUCCUCCUCUUACCGUUCAAUGAAAGGCAGCGCAAGUCUUCCCAGAGAGUCUAAGAUCCCAGUAAGCAGCAGACAUGCAACACCCCCACACUCAUCGAGUCAGACAGCCCUUUCAGCGGUUGUGGAGGUGGAGUCCCCCCAGCCAAAGACCCAAGCGCCUCCUCGCAGCAAAAUCCCAACGUCUAAGGUGCCCAUCCGUCGAUCUGGGAAUAAACCGAGCUCCACAGCAAGAGGACACACUUCCAAGAAAUAGUUAAUAUUCUCAUGAAUUGGCCUCAUCUUUUCUCCGGACAGAGGGACUUAGGUGUGAAACUCAAAAGAUCACCUCGAAAAAAGUCAGAUCAAUGGAGUUGACUGUCUACGCAUUCCUUUCAAAAAGUCAUGUUUGUGUAUGCCCUUGAACUGUAGAGGUGUUAGUUCACAAGUCAGAAGGAGACUUCAAAAAGCCAGGUCAACACUUCACAGCCCUUAAUGUACCCCGGAGGUUGACUCUUGACAAUCUGUGAACUUUGCAACAACACAUUUGCCUUUUAACUUCCUGGAAAAAAGCUCUCGGCUGCCUUUUCACAGCCACUUUCAAAAUUUUGUUUCACGAUAGCACACUGCAAGACGAAGCAGAGCACCUUAACAGCAUGUUUUAAUUCCUCCUUGGCUUAUCUUUCUUUCCCUGAAAUGGACCUACUCUGUUCAAGGUUCUUUUAAUCGGUGACAAACUGCAGCUCCAUCAGAAGAUUUUAGAGCCAAAGUUGUCUUUUUUAACUUGAUAAAUACAUACGUAACAUGUCCAUCGCUGUUUUCUCUGGCAACCUAACCUGCAAUGUGCUGUUGACCAAAUAGCUGCGUGAUUUGCUUGUUGUCCUUCAGUUGAAUGAGCAGACAGGUUGAGCGACUGGAUUUAAAAAAAAAUACCAUGAAUGUCAAGGUUUGUUUUUCUUUGGAACUCACGGACUACUUCACCCUACAUUCACACCGUUCUGGUUCUGCUUAUGGAUCUGCUUGCAUCUCUGGAAUUGUAUCCUCUCUGGGAACACCUACUGAUGAAUUUCCAAUGGAAACACUAACCUAUUGCAAUAACCAAACCCUGUGCACUGGUACUUCAGAAAAUAAUACAUCACCUCUCUCUGUGCAUGUGGUCAUGAAGACACACGGGUCAGGGAACAUCAUCAGAUGCUGGAGGGGAGGGUAUCAUGCAACCUCACCUGCUGUACAACUUCUUCGUAGCUCCACGAAAUGACUCUUCUCUGUGGACACAAAAAAAAUCUUUUUUUGCAGGACCGUUUUCUUUAACUGUGAUCACACCAGCUUUCCCAGAAAUAUUCCUUCUUGUGAUUUUUUUUUUAUUUCUCUGGCAAAUGCUUGACGACAAAAUAAUAUUUCUGUUUGAUAUUCUGUCUGGAUGACUCACACUGUCAGUGGUUUUUGAACGAUGGUGUCAUCCUUUCAGGAGGUCAAGUAUUUUUGUUCUCAAUAGUUGUCAAUGUCCACAUUUUGACGCUUUCAUUUCGACCUAUGUUCAGAUGUGUAUUUUAAUUGUCCACACUGCUAACAAAAAAAUACAUUUCACAUUAAGAACUUGUCAGAGCUAUAAUAUGCAAAUAUCCGUCAAGCUAACCCCUUCUAUUGUAAGGACUUAAAAACUCAGGGGUAGUAGACAAAGCAGUAGGUGAAAAAAGAGACAAACAAUCACAACAGCUAUUAAAUCUGAAUGUAGCCAGAAGUGACUGUGAAACAUCAUGACUCAGCUUUGCUUCUGUAAAAUGGUGAUAAACACUUAACAGCCUGAAACACUUUAAGUAAUGACAGGACAUCAUUUUUCCCUGCUUGCAUGGUGUUGAAUAUUUAAAAAGACAUUUGGGAUAAUCUCCCUAAUCCUCACCACAUGUCAGUGACAGUUGGGGGUCAUUCUCAUUCACGACGGCGCUCCAUCUCAUUUAGAGACAGAUGAUUGAUUUGCAAGGCUUCUCCGGGUUCAGAUGUCUGUUCCGCACUGCUUGUGGUGAAGGGCACGACACACAGGAAGUAACUUGAUUCCAGGUCUGUGUUGAAGGCGUUUCCCAUGAUACAUUAGCCCGGACUGAAAUGUUAUUCUAAAGUAUUCACAUGCUUAUGGCAGGUUGAGAACCACACGUUCGCAUUCGAGGUGACAUUGAGCUGGAUUGGUCCUUCUAUUACAAUCUAUCAUAUCUAAUUCAUUUUUAGCUUCACCCGGGUUCGCGGCCAGGUCAUGUGUUUACGACACGUAUCGUUUCUCCGUCAAAUUUCUGCAGCAGCAAGUAUUCAUUUGAUAAAAAAUUGAAAUACAAUUUGAAUAGCUAGAUUGAUAUCUUAGCCCUAAAAAGUACCAAAUGGUUAAAGGCCAGCGGAAAACAAAGUUAUCCUCCAUUUAUCUUCUUCCCUUGUCAACACAGACCGAGGCAGUAACUAUGAAUUCAUCAAGACUUUGGACUCCUCCUGUAGUCGAAUCUUGAAUUGACAAUUGAAUGGACCUACAUGUAGUUUGUACAUGCCCUGACUGUGGGAAAGAGUUUUGCUUUAAAUGAUUGUUAAUUUAAUUCCAUCUUUGGACCAUCAUUGCUUUCACUUUUAACCAUCAUUUAAUUUAGUGGUAUUCAUUGUUGUUUGUCUUUUUCACAUUAAAAAAUCUGGGUAGUUUUGUGACGAUUUUCAGGAUCUUGUCCUCUGUUUUUGUCUUUUUCACAAUGUGAAUUAAUUCCAGUUUUCAUAUUUAAAGAAUAAAAUUGUC